AUGUCUAGGGAACUGACAGCAACAUACGGAGGAAGAGGACCCAUGGUUCUUGGAAUUACUUGGUCGGAAACAGGCCUGGCCACUGUAUUGAUCAUCCUACGUGCAAAGAAUGCCUCCAUAAUCCCCCGCCGAGCGAGCGUUCCCAUCGCAUUUUCUGGCAUCUAUAGUUUACGAUGGGAUUUUGUAUGGGAGAUAAUUGCCUACGCCGUGGCCUUAGGUUCCCAAGUCAGUCUCACGGUCAGCGUCCGCUAUGGUCUCGGCAAUCAUCAGAAUCUGAUCUCACACGAGAACCUCGUCAAACUAAAUCUGUGGAGCUGGAUCGCUCAGGUUGUGUCAAUCAUUGACUUGAUCUUCGCACGCACUGCGGUGGCGGCUUUCCUUCUUUUGCUGCAGGAUGGAAUGCGCCAUUGGAGUCGGUACCUACUUUGGCUGAUUGGGAUUGUUCAAGCAGCUAUGUAUGGACUCUCUGUUGGAGGGAUCUUCAAACAGUGCAGCCCGGUUGAGAAAUUGUGGGAUCCAAGUAUCCCAGGCACAUGCAAAGGGAUUGCUGCCUCAGCAGUAGAUGGGUAUGUUGCGGGUGGUAUUGGCGCUUUCUCCGACUUCUUCUUAGCUGCCUACCCCAUAUUCAUUAUCCGCGAGAUUCAGCAUAUGAAACGAGCAACGAAAAUUGGGAUUUGUCUUAUAUUGGGAGGUGGAGUGGUAGCCGGCAGCGCCGCAAUCGUGAAAGGAAUCUCUAUCAAAAACGUUACAAACAUCGAAGACAACACUUACGCCAUGGCUAACCUAAACAUCUGGGUCUUCACUGAGAUGUGGUUCGUCAUCAUCUUCGGCUCAAUCCCAACACUACGCAAAGUCUUUCUACAGUUCUCUCGGGAUAUUGGAAGCGCAAUCAUGCAUCGGGAUAUCGAGCAAAGACCCCAAAACAACAUAGAGGAUUGGGCUCAGUUGAGGGAGCUCUCUGAGUCAGGGGAGAGGGAAAGAUGCGAGUCUGCUUUGGGGCAAUUUUUGCCUAGCAGUGCUUGCUCUGAUGGAGCGCGGUAG